CAUCUGCUCCACCAGCUGCCCCGCGCCGACUUCCAGCUCCGCCCGGUGCCCAGCGGCUUCGCGCCCCAAGAGCAGGAAUACCAGCAGGCCCUGUUGCUGGUGGUGGCCUUGGCAGGCCUGGGCUUGGGCCUCAGCCUCAUCUUCAUUGCUGUCUACCUCAUCCGCUUCUGCUGCUGCCGGCACCCAGAGCCCCCCGGGGCCAAGAGCCUGCCCCCUGGGGGCGGCUGUGUCACCUGGAGCUGCAUUGCUGCCCUUCUCGUCAGCUGCGCUGGCAUUGGCAUCGGUUUCUAUGGCAACAGCGAGACCAGUGAUGGGGUGUCCCAGCUCAGCUCUGCACUGCAGCAUGCCAACCACACACUCACCGCCAUUGACCACCUGGUGCUGGAGACAGUGGAGAGGCUGGGCGAGGCUGUGAGGACAGAGCUGACCACCCUGGAGGAGGUGCUCACACAGCGCACAGAGCUGGUGGCUGCCACCCGCGGGGCUCGGCGACAGGCAGAAGCCGUGGCCCAGCAGCUCCAGGGGCUGGCCUUCUGGCGGGGAGUGCCCCUGAGCCCCUUGCAAGUGGCCGAAGAGGUGUCCUUUGUGGAGGAGUACAGGUGGCUAGCCUAUGUCCUCCUGCUGCUCCUGGAGCUCCUGGUCUGCCUCUUUACACUCCUGGGCCUGGCAAAACAGAGCAAGUGGCUGGUGAUCGUGAUGACAGUGAUGAGUCUCCUGGUUCUUGUCCUGAGCUGGGGCUCCCUAGGCCUGGAGGCAGCCACAGCCGUGGGCCUCAGCGACUUCUGCUCCAGUCCUGACACCUACAUCCUGAACCUGACCCAGGAGGAGACCGGGCUGGGCUCAGACAUCCUGAACUAUUAUUUCCUCUGCAACCAGGCCGUCUCCAACCCCUUUCAACAGAGACUGACUCUGUCCCAGCGAGCUCUGGCCAACAUCCAUUCCCAGCUGCAGGGCUUGGAGCGAGAAGCUGUCCCCCAGUUCCCCUCCGCGCAGAAGCCUCUGCUGUCCUUGGAGGAGACAAUGAAUGUGACAGAAGGAAACUUCCACCAGUUGGUGGCACUGCUGCACUGUCGCGGCCUGCACAAGGAUUACGGCGCGGCCCUGCGGGGCCUGUGCGAGGACGCCCUGGAGGGCCUGCUCUUCCUGCUGCUCUUCUCCCUCUUGUCCGCGGGGGCCCUGGCCGCCGCCCUCUGCAGCCUGCCCCGAGCCUGGGCCCUCUUCCCACCCAGUGACGACUACGAUGACACAGAUGAUGACGACCCUUUCAACCCUCAGGAAUCCAAGCGCUUCGUGCAGUGGCAGUCAUCUAUCUGAGCCCCUCUUCCAGGCCAGGCUGGAGCCUGUUCCCCGUCUCAGUUCCUUCCUCCGCUGCUGGAGAAGACCCCACUGACCCAGCCUGACUGGGCUCCCACCACUAACAGCACCCUGGCCAUGGACACCUUAAACAGGACUGUCUCCCCGCCCUGCCCCCUCUGCAUCUCCUUGGCCCUGGAAGUAUGCUGAGGGGGCAGGCCAGGGCCCGAGGCUGGCCGGGGAGGGGGCACACAGCCAGCCCCUGCACCCCCUCACCCCUGGCCACCAGCCACGUCCCCUGAAGGGAUGUGACUGCCCCGUCCGCCGCACCCCAGUGGGUUAGGGCCCUGAUCUCUAUGUGCGGCACCUACUUGGGAAUGGGUUGAUUUGAAAUAAAAGGGAAGACUUUAUUUUACAA